AUUCUUUUAAAGCUCUCCAACUACUAGGAAAAGGAGUAUUUCUGAUACAGCGAAGGAAAAGGAAAGCAAGAAACCAAAAAUUACCGAAAAGUGCUGUCAUGAUUUGUGGGUUGAAAAAUACAAGCCAAAAACUAUAAAAGAGCUAAUAGGCAACAACGCCGCCAUUACUCGGCUUUUGGAUUGGUUAAAGCGCUUUGACUCUUCCGGAAAGGCCUCUAAACCGCCAAGCAAAUCCGGCAAAACGCUCGAUCCGCAAACCCGCGCUGUAUUAAUAUCCGGCCCCCCAGGCAUUGGGAAGUCUUCUGCAGCUUGCCUGCUUGCCAAAGAGGCGGACUACGCCGUUAAGGAGUUUAACGCUAGCGAUACGCGCUCAAAAAGCUCACUGCACGACACGGUGAAAGCGUUGACUCAGACCUACGUGGUCAGUUUUUCUGGCGGGAAUUAUAAAAAACACGUGGUUAUUAUGGACGAAGUCGACGGGAUGUCCUCAGGGGACCGCGGUGGUAUCGCAGAGUUGAUCCAACUAGUCAAGCACACGAAAGUCCCGAUAAUUUGCAUCGCCAACGAUCACAACGAUCCGAAGAUUCGAUCGCUUCUGAAUCAUUGCCACGACGUGAAGUUUGUCCGUCCAUCCGCUCUCGCCAUUAAGGGAAGACUAAUGGGGAUCGCCCAAAAGGAAGGCCUGAAGCUUGAUUCGCAGACUUUGGAGCAAAUGAUUGUUUCCAAGCACAGCGAUAUUCGUCAGCUUUUAAAUCAGCUUUCCAUACUCUCUCGUAACUCGAAAACUUUUAGCUACGACGGUGUUAAGAAGGACCUUCUGGAGUCACUGAAAGAUGUUUCCAUCAAUCCUUUUGAAGCUAUUCAGAAGAUCUACAGUUUUGGAGAAAAUAAGAAAAUGAGCGUCAAUGAUAAACUCAAGUUCUACUUUUCUAAUGAGCUGGUCCCUCUUUUGAGCCAAGAAAACUUUUUGCACUUCAAGCCUUUUUUGGAGGGGAAUUUGUCGCCCAGUGCUCAACAACUGCGUACUCUCCAAUUGGUCAGUGAAGCCGCCAAUAGUUUUAGCGAAGGCGACCUUGUCGACACCCUGAUCAACCAAUUGGGCUCGUGGAAUUUGAUGCCGGUUAGCCAGCCACGUUGA